GGCACUUCCGUUUCCAGGUCUUGCUUCCGGAAGUCGCUUGCUGAGGCGGUCUUCCUAUUCGUGUGGUCUUUGUGACUUCCACCAUGGCGUACCGCGGCCAGGGCCAGAAGGUGCAGAAGGUGAUGGUGCAGCCCAUCAACCUUAUCUUCAGAUACUUGCAAAAUAGAUCUCGAAUUCAGGUGUGGCUGUAUGAACAAGUGAAUAUGCGGAUAGAGGGUUGUAUUAUUGGCUUUGAUGAGUACAUGAACCUCGUAUUAGAUGAUGCAGAAGAAAUUCAUUCUAAAACAAAGUCAAGAAAACAACUGGGUCGGAUCAUGCUCAAAGGAGAUAAUAUUACUCUGCUCCAAAGCGUUUCCAACUAGCAGUGGCCAAGCAUGGGAGAGGUUGAGAAGGGGCUCAGGGGCUGCUGGCUUGUCCCAGUUGUCUCAGCUCAGGACAAGAUGGUGCCUGACUGCUGCCUCAGUCCACAGCUGCUCGUGAAAUCACGAGCCCCAGAGGAAUCACUGCUCCACCACAAUCUGGAUUGUCCUGAAACAAGGACUGCACAUUUCUCCUGGCUUGCCUCAGGAGAGCAACUACUCCCCUCACCAGUCAGGGAGCUGUGCUUGGAUGCUGUGUUUGCUUCUCCCUCUGUGCAGGCUGGUUUUAUAUGUCAACUUGACACUCAAGUUAUCAGAGAAAGGAGCCUCCGUUGAGGAAAUGCCUCUGUGAGACCCAGCUGUAAGGCAUUUUCUCAAUAGUGUGGGUGGUGCUGUCCCUGGGCUGAUGGUCUUGGACUCUUAAGAAAGCAAGCUGAGCAAGUAACAUCCCUCCAUGGCCUCUGCAUCAGCUCCUGCCUCCUGACCUGUGUGAGUUCCAGUCCUGACUUACUUUGGUGAUGAACACAAUGUGGAAGUGUAAGCAGAAUAAACCCUUUCCUCCCCAA